GGGGCUGUGGGCCGGGGAGGCCGUGCCAGGUCCAUCUGGGUACCGCUGACCGACAUGCUGACCUUCUUCCUCGUGUCGGGGGGCUCCCUCUGGCUGUUCUCGGAGUUCAUCCUCUCGCUUCUGGAGAAGAUGCAGACUCAGGAGAUCCUGAGGAUGCUGCGGCUGCCCGAGCUAGGCGACUUGGGCCAGUUUUUCCACAGCCUCUCAGCCACCACCCUUGUGAGUAUGGGUGCACUGGCUGCCAUCCUCGCCUACUGGUUCACUCACCGGCCAAAGGCCUUGCAACCACCGUGCAAUCUCCUGAUGCAGUCAGAGGAGGUGGAGGACAGUGGUGGGGCCCGGCGAUCCGUGAUAGGGGAUGGCCCUCAACUGCUCACCCACUACUAUGACGAUGCCAGGACCAUGUAUGAGGUGUUCCGCCGUGGACUUAGCAUCUCAGGGAAUGGACCCUGUCUUGGCUUCAGGAAUCCCAAGAAGCCUUAUCAGUGGCUGUCCUACCAGGAGGUGGCCGACAGGGCUGAAUUUCUAGGGUCUGGACUUCUCCAGCACAAUUGUAAACCAUGUACAGAUCAGUUUAUCGGCGUUUUUGCACAAAAUCGACCAGAGUGGAUCAUCGCAGAGCUUGCCUGCUACACAUACUCUAUGGUGGUGGUCCCGCUCUAUGACACCCUGGGCCCAGGGGCAAUCCGCUACAUCAUUGACACAGCCAACAUCAGCACUGUGAUCGUGGAUAAACCUCAGAAAGCUGUGGUUCUGCUGGAGCACGUGGAGAGGAAGGAGACACCAGGGCUCAAGCUGAUCAUCCUCAUGGAACCAUUUGAGGAAGCUUUGAAAGACAGAGGGCAAGACUGCGGGGUGGUCAUUAAGUCCAUGCAGGCUGUGGAGGACUGUGGCCAGCGGAAUCACCACGUUCCUGUGCCCCCGAAACCCAGUGACCUCUCCAUUGUGUGUUUCACAAGUGGCACGACAGGGAACCCAAAAGGUGCGAUGCUCACCCAUGGGAACGUGGUGGCUGAUUUCUCAGGCUUUCUGAAAGUGACAGAGAAAGUGAUCUUUCCGAGACAGGACGAUGUGCUCAUCUCCUUCCUGCCUCUGGCUCACAUGUUUGAGAGAGUCAUCCAGUCUGUUGUCUACUGCCACGGAGGGCGCGUCGGCUUCUUCCAGGGAGACAUCCGCCUCCUCUCAGAUGACAUGAAGGCUCUGUGUCCCACCAUCUUCCCUGUGGUCCCACGACUACUGAACCGCAUGUAUGACAAGAUCUUCAGCCAGGCAGACACAUCAUUGAAGCGCUGGCUCCUGGAAUUUGCAGCAAAGCGUAAACAGGCUGAGGUCCAGAGUGGAAUCAUCAGGAAUGAUAGUAUCUGGGAUGAACUCUUCUUUCAUAAAAUUCAGGCCAGUCUUGGUGGGUGCGUGCGGAUGAUUGUUACUGGAGCGGCCCCCGCGUCACCAACGGUCCUGGGAUUCCUCCGGGCGGCUCUGGGGUGCCAGGUUUAUGAAGGUUAUGGCCAAACUGAGUGCACAGCUGGAUGUACCUUCACUACACCCGGGGACUGGACAUCAGGACACGUAGGAGCACCUCUGCCCUGCAAUCAUAUCAAGCUCGUGGAUGUCAAGGAACUGAACUAUUGGACCAGCAAAGGAGAAGGAGAGAUAUGUGUGAGAGGACCAAAUGUGUUCAAAGGUUACUUGAAAGAUCCGGAGAGGACAAAGGAGGCCCUGGACAAUGACGGCUGGCUUCACACUGGAGACAUUGGGAAGUGGCUGCCAGCUGGAACUCUUAAAAUUAUUGAUCGGAAGAAGCACAUAUUUAAACUUGCUCAGGGAGAAUAUAUUGCGCCCGAGAUGAUUGAGAACAUCUACAUCCGGAGUGAGCCUAUUGCACAAGUGUAUGUCCAUGGGGACAGCUUAAAGGCCUUUUUGGUGGGCAUUGUCGUGCCCGACCCAGAAGUCAUGCCCUCUUGGGCCCAGAAGAGAGGAAUUGAAGGGACGUAUGCAGAGCUCUGCACAAAUAAGGAGCUGAGGAAAGCCAUUUUGGAAGAUAUGGUGAGGUUAGGAAAAGAAGGUGGACUCCAUUCUUUUGAACAGGUUAAAGCCAUUCACAUCCACUCUGAUAUGUUCUCAGUUCAAAAUGGCUUGCUGACACCAACACUAAAGGCUAAGAGACCUGAGCUGAGAGAGUACUUCAGAAAACAAAUAGAAGAGCUUUACUCAAUCUCCAUGUGA